AUGGUCAAGGUCAACUUCGACGCCGAGGAGUGCGUCGCCGACAUCCGCAACAAGGUCCAGGAGGUCGCCGACGAGGAGCUGAAGUGCAUCGCCAAGGAGCGAGGUCACAAACAGUCUGCCUCUUCGUCCACCCCUGCCGAGGCCCUCCGCGCCGCUAUCGACAGUGACAUGCCCCCCCUCGACCCCACAAUGGCCCAGGCCUUCCGCUUCGACCGCGCCUACCAGGUCAAGGACAAGUUCGCCCUGCUCGCCCUCUACCGCGUCCUCGUCGACACCCUGUCCCUCGACCCCGCCGACAUCCAGAAGUGGAUCGAGAAGGACACCAUGCUCGCCCGCCUCAACAGCCUCCAGAAGAAGCACGCCGGCGCCCCCGCCACGCAGCCUGACCUCGCCGCCGCGCUCACCUGGUUCGGCGCGCACAAGCACAUCUUCGACGGCCUCAACAGCGACGGUGACAAAGCCGCCGUCGAAGCGGCCUUCAUGGCCGCGCCCGCGGGCUCGCAGCUCGCGGAGGUGUCCAAGGAGGUGGCGGGCUGGGACAAGCUCAUGGGCGAGGACAUGGACGCGCGCGCCGAGAAGGGCGAGUACAUUGCGUACAUCCUGACGCGCCCGCACGUGGAUAACAAGGUCAUGAUGUUCUACUCGUACAGCGACCAGGGACCGCCCGACGAGGUUAAGACGAUGCGCGCGGAUGAGGAGUGCGUGAUGAGUAUUGUGCGCACUGGCCAGACGUACGCGGAGGCGAUUGCGUCGGCGGAGAAGGAGUACCUUGAGGCGCAGGAGGAGAAGAGCAAGCGGAAGGCGGAGGAGCAGCGGAAGGAGAAGGUCAGUGAGCCCUUGGAGUGA